AUGUCUUACGAUACUACUGCUGCCAACCCCAUGGUUGAUACAAUCCCACCACUUGCUCCCCACCAACAAGAAGAAGAAUCUCGGGAAAAGUCAAUUGAAAUAAUCUCGGAGAAAGAAUUAACUAAUUCUACUCCUAAUUCUCAACAUAGUAAUGAUACUUCCAAAAGUCCUUCAUUAGAAGCAAUUCAAGUUAAAAUAUCUAAAUUUUGUUCAGAUGUUGACCUUGAGAAUAAGAAACAAUCUAUAGUUUCUUCACAAGAUUUAUCCGACAAUGAAGAACUGGAGGAACAACUGGAAGAAUUCGUUGAUUCUAAUUUACAAGAGACUGCUACUACUGAAUCAGUUGGAGAACCAGUCAAGAAGUUAACUUCUAAUUUAAAUGAAAGUGGUGAUGAUAAAUUUAUUUUUUCAUCACAAAUUCCCACGGUUAUCAAGAGCGCCGCAUCGAAACAUCAAGAACCGGAUUUGAUUGCUAAGAAUUCUUCGUACGCCCACGUUGUCAACACAACAACGGCCGAUCCUUCCAUCGAAGAAGAAGAAGAAGACCAAGAAUUGGAAGAAUCAAAAGAAGACAAGGAACCAGGAUCCGAAGAAGCUGAAGAAGAAGACACACCCAAAGGAAUAGCAACAGAAGAAAUGGAUCAACCAGAAACUCCUAAAGACCAAGAAUUAAAGGAUGUUGAAGCAAAACUUGAAGAAGCUCAUCAUGAAUUAGAGAAUGCUGAAAAUAAAGUAAAAGAAGCACUUCAAGAAUUAAAAGAAGCUCAUAUCAAGGAAGUAGUUCCGGAGGAACCCAAGGGCAAAGAAGAAUCAGAAGAAGAACCCAAAGACAAAUCCGUUACAGUUGUUGAACAACGUGACAUUAAGAAAGACACUACUACUGACGAAAUCUCAACUGUUCUUCGUAGAAGAAAACAACCAGAGCAACCAGAACAAGCUUCUAAAGAAGUAGAAGUCUCUCAAGGCGAUGAAAUCAAAUCUUCCACCUCCGAAAUUGAAUUCACCGAUGCCAAUGAACCACUCCCACGUUCUGAUUAUUCUACCCCAGUUGCUGAAAUUACCAAUAUCGAUGAAAUUUCCUCUAUUGAAGAAGAACCAGAACAGGAACCUACUACCACCAAAAAACCUACCGAAAACCCCACAACCAAACUCAAAUCAACCCCAUUAAAGAAAUCAACCUCACGUCCAUUCUUACACAUCGCCCCCUUAAACACCCCUUGGUCCCAUCGAUUAGAAACAAUUGGAAUAAUGUGGCAUUGUAUAAGUAUCCCCUUCUUCCUUUGUUUAUUUUUCUUUUCCAUAUCAAUGGGGUGGAUGGUUUGGUUAUUUAUAAUAUUACCCUAUUUCAUUUGGUGGUAUGCUUUUGAUUUACAUACUCCUACUAAUGGAAAAGUUGUAUAUCGUGUUCGACCAUGGAUGCAGAAUUUGAUUAUUUGGAAAUGGUAUACUGAUUAUUUCCCCAUAAGGGUGCAUAAAUCGGUGGAAUUGGAACCGACAUUUACAUAUGUCUUGGAGGAGGAGAAGUCAACAGAAGGUGAAUCGAAGAGUUCUUCUUCGGAUGAAGAGGAGAAUGAUGAACAGGAUUUGAUAAGUGAAGAUUCCAGGACUUUUAUCGAUAAAGUAUUUAAAUUAAUUGGAUUGAAAAAAAGAGUGAAUGAUUCCGAUAAGGGUACUGCAAUUGCAGAAACUAAGGGACCUAAAUAUAAAAAAAUCCUCACGGGUCCAAGAUAUAUCUUUGGAUAUCAUCCUCAUGGAGUCAUAUCAAUGGGAGUGGUUGGAAUGUGUGCCACCAACGUGUUAAGAAAUGAACCAUUUAAACCAUUGUUUAAAUUCUUAAAACCGUUAUUUCAUGAUCCUUCUAAAAAUGAACCAUUAUUCCCUGGGAUUCCUCAAAUAUUCCCAUUGACUUUAACUACUCAAUUUCUUGUACCUUUUUAUCGUGAUUAUUUGUUGAGUUUGGGGUUGACUACUGCUUCGGCGAAGAAUAUUAAGAGUUUGAUUAAUAAUGGUGAUAAUUCAGUUUGUGUUGUGAUUGGUGGGGUGAAGGAAUCAUUAUUGAAUUAUAUGGUGGCGGAGAAUCCAAGGGUUGGAUAUGGAUUUACUACUUCUGAUUUAAAAGCCCAUGAAGAGCUGGAACCAGAACAUGAAGAACAUGAGGAAGAAAAACCAAAAGAACCAAAAAAGGAACGCAAAGAAGUUAGAUUAGUAUUAAAGAAUAGAAAAGGUUUCGUUAAAUUAGCAAUUGAAUUAGGUAAUGUUUCAUUAGUACCAACAUUUGCAUUUGGUGAAGCUGAUAUUUAUAAAUUAACCGUUCCAACCCCUGGAUCUUUAGGUGAAAAAUUUCAAUUGUUUAUUAAGAGUAUUUUUCAAUUUACGGUUCCAUUUUUCAGUGCAAGAGGGGUCUUUAUUUAUGAUUAUGGGAUUUUACCAUAUCGUAAUCCGAUUAAUAUAUGUACUGGUAGGCCAAUUUAUAUCCCACCGGGUGCUUUACAGGAUUAUUUGAAAGAACAUCCAGAAGAGCAGGAGGAAAUUAAGAAGGAAGAGGUAAAGGCUGAAGUCAAAAUGGAAGAGAAGAAGGAAAUAACAAAAGAACACAAGGAAGAAGGUCAUCACCAUCAUAAUUUUGAAGCCGAUGAACAAGAAAGUAAGAAAUUUGAAGAAAAAUUUGAAAAACCAAUCUUUUUCAAUGCUCUUAGACCAGCAGCAUUAAAAUCUUCAAUUCAUACUAAGAUUCCUCAAGCUUUAUUGGAUAAAUAUCAUGAUUUAUAUGUUGAAGAAUUAUAUCGAGUAUUUGAAGAAAAUAAAGAAAAAUAUGGUUAUGGAAAUGUUGAUUUAAGGAUUAUUUAA